GAGCACCUGCUCCACUGGCGCCCCCGGCCCCCACCCGCCCCUCCCAGAGGGCUUCCCCGAGAAUCCCCCAGACUCUCACGGGCGCCGUGGGGGUGGGGCCGCUCUGAUGGACAGAGCGGGGUGCGGGCUGGGCCGGCGGCGGGGACCUUGACCGCGGCGGUCGUGCGGGCUUCUGCGGCGCCCGCGGCGGGGACGACCAGGUGCCGGCGCCGUGCGGACGACACGCGCGUCUCUGCGGGGCUGCGCGGGGUCCGCGGAGCGGCUGGGGGCGCGCGGCGCGGGCGCGGCGCUGGGCGCGGGGGGCGCUCCCGGCCGGGAUGAGCUCACCGCAGUCGCGCCGGGGCUGAGCGCCGAGCCGGGCGGCGGCGGGGCGGGCGGCGGCUCCUCGGCGGCUCCGCGGCGGAGCGGGGCCGCGGGCCACCAUGCUGGGCCUGGACGCAUGUGAGCUGGGGGCGCAGCUGCUGGAGCUGCUCCGGCUGGCGCUGUGCGCCCGAGUCCUCCUGACCGACAAGGAGGGGAGACAGCUGCCCCCUGACGAGGCCCUGGACGAGGCUGUGCCCGAGUACCGGGCCCCGGGGAGGAAGAGCCUGCGAGAGAUCCAGCAGCUGGACCCGGAGGAUGAGAGCCUGGCUAAGUACAAGCAGGCACUGCUGGGGCCCCUGCCGCCGGUUGUGGACCUGAGCCUGCCCAACGUGCAGGUGACCAGGCUGACACUGAUGUCGGAGCAGGCUCCGGGGCCCAUCACCAUGGACCUCACAGGGGAGCUGGCCGUGCUGAGAAACCAGGUGUUUGUCCUGAAGGAGGGUGUUGAUUACAGAGUGAAGAUUACCUUCAAGGUCAAUAAGGAGAUCGUCAGUGGCCUCAAGUGUCUGCACCACACCUACCGGCAGGGCCUGCGCGUGGACAAAGCCGUGCACAUGGUAGGCAGUUACGGCCCGCGUGCCCAGGAGUAUGAGUUUGUGACCCCGCUGGAGGAGGUGCCCCGAGGAGCAUUGGUGCGGGGUGCUUACGUGGUCACGUCCUUCUUCACCGAUGACGACAGGACGGACCACCUGUCCUGGGAGUGGGGCCUCCACAUCUGCCAAGACUGGAAGAGCUGAGCGCCCCCCACCCCAGAGACGGUCCUCCCACUUGGAGUCCUGCUUUUCCCCGCCCUCCGUCAGUGAUCACACCCCCCGCCCACACCCUCUGCUCCGUCCUGGGACGCCCCCUCCCUGGGCUGGCACUGUGCCCUGAACAGUCCUAUUAAAGUCGCCUUGUCUCAGUGC